AUGAGGUUGGAGAAGAUCAAGUUGAAGAUGAAGUUGAAGAUGAGGUUGAAGAUCGAAGAAGUUGGCGUUGAAGCGGAAGUCGUUGAUUGUUACAUUACGUUACACCCACGGGUGAGCCGUGCAGCCCCGCGCCCGGUGGCCAGUGACGUAUUGUGGGGUAAUCCGGGGUACGUCCGGGGUAACUCCGGGGGAAUCUCGUGUCUGGCGGCCGCAAACGGCGUAACUUCGGAAACAGCCUAUUACAUGUACGUUAUAGGUGGGUCGGGUUACGGCGUGUUCGAACCCGACCCUCACAAUAACCAGGUUAUAUGCAGAGGCGCAGUCACUCAGCCAUCAACACCACUGCAUAUAACCUGGUUAUUGCUGCUAAAUGACCUGCUUGACUUCACCCCUACUAAAGAGCUACUGGUUCCAGGCACUGUGUAG